AGAACUCAGUGGGUUUAAAGUUCAUCUUUCAAUUGUGCGUCAGUACCACGGACAGCAGCGAGGCGAGCGCGUCAGACUGUAACAGUGUUCGAAUAACGAUGGAACAUCGGUGACUCGUGUAUUAGCGCACAAAGAUACCAACUUGAUUUCCUCCAAAAAACAAGGGUUUUUGGGGCUGGGUUGUUGGUCGGGAGAAGCAGGAAGUGCUUCUCUUGUCCACAUGACUGUCCAGCUGACCAGCGUCACGUGACCGGAAUAUUCGGCUCCCGAGCUCUUUUGGCGUAUAUCACAGAGAGGAGUCGGUACUAUGGUCUCCGAGUCACCCCACAUGAUCAUUUAGUGCUUGAAUUCAUCCACCUUCUGUUCACGUUUAGAAUAUGUUUCCUCGUUUCCACAAAUGUCCGUGGUUAACGGAGAUCAAGUUGUUUCUCAUUACAGCGCGGUAGUUAAUUGAUAACUUCCUCAAACACAAUCGGAUUUCUGAGCGGCGCUGCUGAACGACAGAAGAAGGAAGCGCUUCUUCCUCCACACAUGACUGUCAGCUGACGCCUGUCACGUGACUUGAGCUUUACAGUCACUCUGGGAAGAUGGCAGCGACGCGCAGCAAGCUAGCGCCCUUUCUGCUCGUUUCACUGGCUCUUGUGUUCUCAACGACCUCCACCGAACAUGUGCCAGUUCUGAUAUGGUCCACUGACAGGUUACCUGACCUCUCCUCAUCUGCUGCUGGUUCCAUCCUGUCAGAAGGCCAGUUCUCCACCUACCUGUCCACCGUUUUGGGAUCUGCUCCACACACGGUGGUGCUGUUCCUGCAGGACCAGUUGAGUUUGGAUGACUUCACUGUUUUUGGCGGAGCGUUUGGAAAUCCGCAGGACAGCAGCUUGCCAAACCUGCAGGAGGCGCUCACGUCCUCGCACUCGCUGUCCAUCCCGGCCGUCCGGUGCUCGGGGAAGUCUCUGGUGACUCUGCUGCAGCAGAAGCUGGGCGUCGCCCCGCUGCUGGUGGACGCCGACACCCUGUCUCACCUGAGCCUCCAGACCUCCGUCAACAACCUGCUGCUGGUGGAGCUGCCGUACUGCGCCAGCCGGGAUCACUCCUGCAGGGAGUUGCUGCGCAGCAAUGAUCAAACUGUCGGAGACGUUCUGAGGGAGAUGAAGCAGAGAAACAUUCCGUAUGUGUCAGUGUUCAGCGGCCUCCGCUCCUCACAGGUCAGCUCUGGGCCGGCACAGUCUGAGUGGAUGGGCCGCUCCCUCCUGCAGACGCCUGCUCCGGCCGUCAAAGCUCCCAUCAUGUUCAACGUGUCGGGCUCUCCGUGCAUCAUGCUGUGGGCUCAGAACCUGAACGUGAGGUUCUCGGCGGCGCAGGGCUGGACGGACCUGGCCCUUCAGACGCCCUCGUUGGACGGCUCGUCUUGCAGCGCCACCAGCGCUGUGCUGGUCCUCUCGUACCCUGUGGGCGUGACGCUGAGGUUUUUUAUGAGUCAGCGCUUUUAUCCUGUGUCCGCGAGGAACUGGUUCACUCUGGACGCCGUCCAGCUGCAGUCCAGCUCCUCCAUGAAGUCGUUCGUGGGCAGCCGUGGCGUCUACGCUCCAGUGGAAUAUUCCUUCCACUGCAUGUCGGUCUCCAGCCUACAGGACGCUCUGCUGGUCCCCAACAACACGGUGCAGAACACCUCAGAGUGGGCCGUCAACUUUGUGGACUUCCAGAUCCAGGGCUUCAGGUUGGCCAACGGGACCAACUUCUCGUACGCCAGCGACUGUGCCGGCUUCUUCACGGCCGGCAUCUGGAUGGGUCUGCUCACCUCGCUGCUCAUGCUGCUCAUCUUCGUCUACGGACUCCACAUGAUCAUGCAGCUCAACACCAUGGACCGGUUCGAUGACCCCAAGGGGCCGUCCAUCUCUGUGCCUCAGUCUGAAUAAAUACACACACACACUGCAGACAGGACGUAUGAAGGAAAAGUCACAUUCUCAAACUACUGAACACAGCAUGAAUGGACACAGCUUUAUUCCGACAGGUGCUCUGAGUCACGCACACAUACACACACUCUUGCACCCGAGUGCCUUCAAUUUGUCAUUUUGUAAACUUCAAAAUUACAUUCCACUUUCAAAGUUUUGUUUAUUUGACAAGCUGGAAUGUUUGUGCCAAUCGAUCAUGAUCUAACUGCCAACGUGGGUCAGCUUUUCUCCCAGUGACACGGUGCCACAGAAGCCACUUAGUAAUUUAUUUAUCAACUUAAGGAGCGGAUAUGUGCCUUUUGUCAAGUCUUUGAAUGUACAAAGAACUAAUAAAGAUUUCUG